CAUAACAGAACAUUCAACCGCACACUCUCUACCGUUGCCUAUUUAUUCAUACCCGGUUUCCACUACGACCACCAAGAAUUUAUUUUCAACACCACCAUCAUCAACAACAUGGGCUUCAAGAAGAACCUUUUCUGUGCGGGCGCUUUCGCCCUUGGCGCCCUUGCCGCACCCCUGCCUGACUGCCCGGAUCGCGCCCCAGCUGCCGGACCUGCAGCCCUGACUGCGGCCACGCUGAUCGCCAUCGCACCCAAGACCGAAUCCUGCGCAGGUGCAGACUUCCCGGACGAGUGUGCAGAUGCCUCAAAGGCCGCCGCUGCAUUGAGCAAGGCAUUCAAGACCUACAAGAUCACCUCAAAAGGAGAACAGGCCGCAAUCAUUGCCUAUGAACUAUUCGAGAGCGGCGAUUUCAAGUACAAAAAGAACCACUUCCCCGGUCGCCCCGGCCAGGGAACAAGGAUGAUGGCUAUGCCAAACUACGUCGAGCAGUACGCCACCAGUGUCGCUGGCGCAGAUGCUGUUGCAAAGGCCAAGGCUGCAGGAGGUGACGCCGGUUUGGUAGCCGUGCUUGCACUUGUCAACAGCGACGAUGAGAAGAGCUUCGGCAGUGCAGCCUGGUUUGUCAGCACAGUGUGCAGCGCUGAAGUACGCGCCGGCCUUGCUGCUGCGACCAAGGACGGUUGGAACAAGUUCUUGAGCGAAUGCGUCGAGACGCCCGCCGACCCUACACGCGACCCUGCCUGGACCGCUGCCAUUGCCAACAUCAAGUAAAGGCUACUAGACUUGUUCUUGCCUUGCUGCAUUUUGCAGCCUGAUGCCCCCUUUUCUCUUCUCCCUUGAAUACUUUGCCAUUAUGGUUCUUCAUGUCAU